AGAAGGAACAUGAUGCCUGCUAGAGAGGCAGAGGGUCAGUAGGGAAUGAGAUUGGAAGGGAGUUCAGAGAUCACUUUGAAACAACCCAGAAUUAAUUUCUGCAUCUGGCUACAGUAGGAGGAAGUGCCAGAAUAUAGAGUUGUUGGCACUCUCACAGACACCAACCUCUUAAAACUCUUCUCCAGCUGAGCAGUGAAUCCUGUGAUGUCUUGGAAGCAGGGACAGAAGAAGAGAGGAAGUACGGGCAGGAGAGUGGAGGGAUUGCCAGUCCACCAGCAGGAUCCACUGGGACAGCUGAGCAGAUGAUGAUGGCUGCCUUGAGAGAGCAGGCUCUGGCUGGAGAGAGAAUGUUCAGGAUGUCCAGCUGCCUCCUAAAGCCGACCAGGGUGGUGCUGAGCCAUAAGCCCUGGACCCUGUUUAUCUUCAUCUUUGUGUUCGUAUCCUUAACCUACAUCAAGUUGUCUUGGAGUGUCUGGGAGGACCCAAAGAGCAGAAGCCCUCUCCAUGGCUUGUGUGCUGAAAUCAGCUGUGCUCACUAUGUGCAUUCAUCCCUCAACAUUGCUGCUGGGCCUUCUCCUUCCACAGCAAAUGUGUUUUUUGUGGAGACCUCGGAGCAAACUACCCCAAGUUACCUCUUCUCCUGCUCUGUGGAGUCAGCGGCCAGGACACACCCCGCGUCAAGAGUCGUGGUGCUCAUGAAAGGCUUGCCCAAAGGGAACGUCUCCUUACCCAAGCACUGGGCUUUCUCCUUGCUGAGCUGCUUCCCCAAUGUGGAAAUCCAGUCCCUGGACUUGACAGAGCUCUUCUCUGGAACGCCUCUGGAGCAGUGGUACUUGCGGCCUCAGCUGCACCGAGAGCCUUAUUUUUUACCCGUCCUGUCUGAUGCCUGCAGGAUUGUUCUCAUGUGGAAAUUUGGUGGCAUCUACCUGGAUACAGACUUCAUUGUGCUUAAAAACUUACAGAACCUCACCAAUGCCCUUGGGAUCCAGGAUGACAAGGAACUGAAUGGGGCCUUUCUGUCCUUUAAGCCCAAGCACAAGUUCAUGGAGCUUUGCAUGCAGGACUUUGUGCAGAACUACAAUGGCUGGGUCUGGGGCCACCAGGGCCCAGAUCUCCUAACUCGUGUCUUCAAGAAAUGGUGCUCCCUCAGGACUAUCACGAGCAUGAGCUGCAAAGGUGUGAGUGCUCUUGCCCCAGAAGCUGUUUAUCCUAUUCCCUGGCAGAACUGGAAGAAGUUGUUUGAGGCAGUCAGUGCCUCGGAGCUUCACAAACUCCUUAGGAACACCUAUGCAGUGCACAUAUGGAACAAACUGAGCCACAGGACCAAGUUAGAGAUCCCCUCCCAGGCUCUGCUGGCCCAGCUCUAUUCCCAGUUCUGCCCUGCCACCUACACAAAGAUGAAGGAGGACUCUGAAGAGUUGUCAAAGCGGGCAGUGUGACCUGUGGGCCCUUCGCUACUGGGAUGUUCCCCAGACUGAAGGAAACCAAGUGCCUUUGACAUUCCCCACAGUUGGUUUCUAAACCCUGGAGCAGGUGUUCUGUGUGACAGCUCUCUGGUCUUUUACCCAAUAUUCCUGAUACCUGCCUCAGAUCCUUUGAGUUUCAUAUGUACAGCAGAACGUGAGGCCAGCCUCUCUUGCUGUCCUUCAGGAGACCUUUUGCUGCAGGGAAGGUUGAAUUCAUUCAUCAGCAUCUCUCAGCUGGUUCUCUCUUGGUGUUCUCCAAUGGCUCCUCUUGUCAAUCCCAGCCUGAGCUGCCCCUUGUGAUGUUUCAACAGCUGUAGGAACCCCUGCCUUGCUCUCUGUCACGUUUGAAAUUUUCACAGAAUAUUCUGUGUUUGAAUACGCACAACCAUCAUGGGUCCAACCCCAGGCCCUGCUAGGGGCAGGACACUGCACAUGAGACCAUGGUCCUUGGGUCUCUGAUCCUUCCCUGGGGAGCCUCUUCUGUGCCCCAGCACCCUCUGGGGGAAGAACCUUUUCUGAUAUCCACCCUAACCCUCCGCUGUCACGUCCAGCCAUUCCCUCGGGUCCUGUCCCUGGUCACACAGAGCAGAGCUCAGGGCCUGCCCCUCCUCUUCCCCUCAUGAGGAAGCUGCAGAACUGCAGUGAGCUCUGACCUCAGUCUGCUCUUCUCCAGCUGAACAGACCAAGUGCCCUCAGCCACUCCUCAUGUCACUUCCCCUUCAGGCCCUUCACCAUCUCCAAACCCUUUCUUUGGAUACUCUCUAACAACUUUAGGUCUUUCUUAUAUUGCAGCACCCCAAACCACACACAGUAUUCCAGGUGAGGCCGCCCCAGCCCAGAGCAGAGCAGGACAGUCCCUCCCUGGCCUGGCCGGUGAUGCUGGCCUGGUGCCCCCGGGGUACAGUUGGCCCUCCUGCCUGCCAGGGCACUGCUGGCUCAUGUCCAACUGGCCAUCAACCAGGACCCUCAGUUCCCUUUCCCUGGGACUGCUCUCCAGCCUCUCCUUCCCCAGUCUGUCUGUACAUCCAGAGCUGUCCCAUCCCAGAUGCAGAAUCCAGCCCUUGUCUUUGUUGAAUUUCACACCGUUGAUGAUUACCCAGCCCUGUCAUUUAUCCAGGGCUCUCUGCAGGGCCUCCUCACCCUGGAGGGAGUCAACUGCUCCUUCCAGUUUUGUAUCAUCUGCACACUUCCUUAGUAUCCCUCCCUGUCCUGCUUUCAAGCCUUUUAUGAGGAUUUUUACGAGAGCAAGGCCUAAGAUGGUACCCUGUGGAAGGCCACAAGUGACAGGCUGCCAGUCUACUGUCACCCCAGUUACUGUCAUUCUUUGUGCUUGACCCAUGAGCAUCCAUCACAUGAUGUGUUUAUCCAGCUGUGUGCUGCACACUGAGAUAGAUGAUAUCCAAAGCUUUACUGAAAUCCAAAAAGAUUACAUCUACUCAUAUUUUUUUGAUGAACUGGGUGGGUUACCUUAGCAUAAAAGGAACUUAGUUUUGAUAAGCAGGACUUUCCUCUCAUGAAGAUGUCCUGGCUGCAACCAAUGACUCUGUUGUCCUUCAAGUGUUUCUCAGUACCUUGCAGAAUAAUCAUCAUCAUCUCCAUAAUUUUCCCAGGCACUGGAGUGAGACUGACAGACCUGUAGCUUCCAGGGUCGUCCUUUUUUGCCCUCUUUGAAAACUUGGGACCUCUCCAGAUUCCUAAGACUGUCCAAAAAAUUAUCAAGAGAUGGCCUCAAAAUGGAUCAGCCAACUCUUUAUGUUUUCUCAGAUUAAUCCCAUCACACCCAAUAGAUUUACAAGGAUCCAGCUGGAGCAGCAGAUUCCUCGUACCUUCGGGGUUAACUCAGAGUUUAUCAUUCUCAUAGUCACAGUCUUCUACCUCAGGGUUCUGGGACCUCCUUAGUCCAUCCAUCAUCAGUGUUGAAGACAGAGGCAAAGAAAACAUUAAACCUCUCUACGUUGUCCAUGGCACUGUUUGUGAGGUGACCAUCCUCAUCCUGUAACAGGCUGAUGUCAUUUCAGCACUGCCUUUUGCCAUUAAGGUAUUUUUAAACCCUUCUUUUUAUUGUCCCUCACAUUUCUAGUGGCUUCAAUUGCAAUGGAGCUUUGGCCACACAAAUUCUCCCCAUACAACAGUGAGCAGCAUCUCCAUAUUCCUUCCACAUAACCUGACCUUGCUUCCACUGGGCACACACCUUCCUUUUUUACCUUAUGUUCUAAAGAAGAUUCCUGUUCAGCCAAGGUGGGCUUCUGCCUCAUCUACUUGAUUUCCAGUUUUUAGGAAUUGCCUGUUCCUGUGCCCUCAGGAGCUGGUGCUUAAAAAGUGACCAGCACUGAUGGACCCCAGGACCUUCAAAAGCAUUUUCCCAGCGGACUUUACUUACUGGUUCCCUGAGCAGCCUGAAGUCUGCUCUUCCCAUUGUCCAGGGUUGAAGUUUUGUCAGCACUUUUGCUCCUGUGACCAGGAAUUUUAAACUCAAUGGCUUCAUGGUCGCCGUGGCCAAGACAGCCACCAAUCUCCCAAGAGAAUCACAAGAUCCUCUCUGUUGACAAGCAACAAAUCAAGGAAGGCAUCUUUCCAAGUCAGCCCUCUUAAUACCUGUACCAUGAAGUUACCAUCCAAGUGUUUUAGAAAUGCAUAGGGAGUAUAAGAAAAUUGUGUUAAGAAACAGAAAAUAUUUUGAGGUCUGCUGUGGAUCUGAUUAUCAUCUCCCCACUUAAACGUUUUCCCUGUGUGUCCAGUGUGGAAUUGCAUUUUAUGGAAAUGGUUUGUUCUGGCUCACCCCUGGAAAGUGUAUGGUUUAUCUCAAGUCUGUAACCUCCCUGCAGUAUUGUGUAUCUGUAACUAUUGGCUAAAGAAUCUUACCGUGCCCACUUUGAACCUCUGUGUUAAGGGUGCAAACGGACAAGGCUCGCUCUCUUUUGCCCUGGCAGUCUCCGGAGACUGCUCUCUCUCCUUCCCUCUCUCCCCUUCCCUCUCUCCCCUUCCCUCUUUCCCCUUCCCUUCCCCCUCUCCCUCAGUGACCAUGCUGCCUUCCCGGGGUAAGACUCUGAAUAAACCCUCAUCUCAUCAGCACCCCACAACAGUCCAGGUCAUUGUAUUGUAAUAAUGAAUUUGAAAUUAACUUCUUAUGAAA